GAUAUUAUCCUCUCAUCUCAUAUAAUUUCUUUCUCUCUCUCAAUUAUCCAUCAUAUCCUCCUGUCUGUCUCAUUUCAUGUCAUAUAAAAAAUACUUUACAAAAACAAACAAAAUUGAUACACAACCUCUUCUCCGCCGCCACCACCACCACCACUAGUCCAAUCAUCAAUCAAUCAAUAUGUCUAAUAAUAAUACAACCACCAUCACCGAUCUCCCUGACGUCAUCUUAUCCAACAUAAUCGCCGCCAUCUCAGACAUCCGUACACGCAACUCCGCCUCUUUAGUCUGUCGCAAAUGGCUAUUUCUUGACCGAUCCACCCGUACAUGUCUCACCCUCCGUGGCAAUGCCCCCCGUGACCUUUACAUCCUCCCUUCUUGUUUCCGAUCCGUUACCCAUCUUGACCUUUCUUUACUUUCCCCAUGGGGGCACCCUCUCUUACUCUCUGCCCCCGAUCCGACAUUAGUUGCCCACCUCUUACGACAGUCUUUUCCUAACGUUGUUUCUCUUGUCGUUUACUCUCGUACUCCGACAACUGUUGAGGUUUUAGCUCCCCGGUGGCCGUUACUUACUAAGGUUAAGUUAGUUAGGUGGCACCAACGACCACCUCAUUUGACUCAUGGUUCUGACAUAAUUCCUUUACUUAAAAAUUGUGAAAAAAUUGUUGAAUUGGAUUUGUCAUGUUUUUAUUGUUGGACUGAUGAUAUCCCACAGGCUUUGAAAGCAUACUCUUGUGUUUCGGUUAAUAUUUGUGUUUUGAAUCUUUUAAACCCUUCUUUUCCCGAAGGGUUUAAAGGACAAGAAGUAGAGGAAAUCACGAAAUUGUGUCCGAAUUUGAACAAGUUUUAUAUUGUCUGUUUGUUUGACCCUAGGUACAUUGGUUUUGUUGGAGACAAAACCCUUGUUUCUAUAUCGGUUAAUUGUCCUAAGUUAUUGGUCCUUCAUCUUGCUGAUCCAUUGGCUUUGGUUAAUGGUAGAGCUGACCCGGAUACUAUGGACUUUAGUGCGGAUGAUGCUAGUAUUACUGUCGCGACCUUAAUUGAGAUGUUUUCGGGUCUUCCUUUGUUGGAAAAGCUUACGUUUGAUGUUUGUCACAAUAUUAGAGAUAGUGGUCCUGCUUUGGAAAUAUUGAAUUCCAAAUGUCCCAAGUUAAGGUCUUUGAAACUUGGAAACUUUCAUGGGAUUUCUAUGCCAGAGGAGUCUAAAUUGGAUGGGGUUGCCUUGUGUCAACGACUUCAGUCGUUGUCCAUUAGGAAUGUAGCUGACCUGGAUGAUAUGGGUUUGAUCGCGAUUGCCAGAGGGUGUUCAAAAUUGGUUAAGUUUGAAGUGCAAGGGUGUAAGAACAUUACGGUUAAGGGAAUGAGGACGUUUGUUUCUUUGCUAAGUCGGACCCUAGUUGAUGUGAAGAUUUCGUGUUGUAAGAAUUUAGGUGCAAAGGCUUCGUUAAAAGCUUUGGAGCCAAUCCAGGAGCGGGUUAGAAGGCUUCAUGUUGAUUGUGUUUUCGAUAAUCUUGAAGAGUUAGAUGAUAAUGUUGAUGGGGUUGAAAUUGGAUACAAUUCUGAUGAUGAGUUGGGUACUCUGAGGAAAAAGCAAAAGCUCGAUUUUGAUUUGAAUUAUUCAAGCAAUGGGUUUCAAGAGAAACCAUGGGAGAAACUUGAGCAUCUAUCGCUUUGGUUUUCAGUUGGUGUGCUUUUGACACCGUUGUUAUCAUUAGGGCUCGAAGACUGUCCCAAUUUGGAAGAGAUUUGCAUCAAGGUGGAAGGUGAUUGUAGGCACUUUGCAAAACCUUCACAAAGGGAAUUCGGGUUGAGCUGUUUGUCAUUGUAUCCAAAACUAUCAAAGAUGAAAUUGGAUUGUGGUGACACGAUUGGGUAUGCACACACCGCACCAUCAGGUCAGAUGGAUCUGAGCCUGUGGGAACGGUUUUACCUGUUUGGAAUUGGGGAUUUGAGGCUAAGUGAACUUGAUUACUGGCCACCCCAAGAUAGAGAUGUUAACCAGAGGAGUUUGUCAUUGCCUGCAGCCGGGUUGCUACAAGAAUGUCUUAAAUUGAGGAAACUGUUUAUUCAUGGAACGGCUCAUGAACACUUUUUGAUGUUUUUUUUGAGAAUUCCGAAUUUGAGAGAUGUUCAGCUUAGAGAAGAUUACUAUCCCGCGCCUGAGAAUGAUAUGAGUACUGAGAUGAGGGCAGAUUCGUGUGGUCGUUUUGAAGAUGCAUUGAAUAGACGCCAGAUCCAAGACUGAAGCAAAUACUACACAUUCUACUACACAUUCUACUACAGAUUUGGCAGAUAUCUGGAAAUAAAGAUGAUAAAUGUAAUUAAAGAUUCUAUAAGUUCAAUUAUUGUUGUAUGUUAAAACAUGAAUCUUGCAUUGUUAGUUCUACCUUGUUAAGAGUA